AUGGAAGGUGUGGCGGUUCCUGGUGAGCGUCUUGGUUCUACGGAGGACUUCACUUCUGGUGGUGGGACUUACGAAUGCGAUGGAUAUGUGUAUGCGUCUGUAACAGGAUUUGUUAAGAAGCAGGCGUCUCAAAAGGUUGGCCAGCCUCCCACUGUAAGGAUUGUGCGAAACGAGAGUCAGCACUUGGUGUUGCCAGAGAUUGGCUCUACAGUGACAUGCAAGGUCACCUCUAUCAACAGUAACGUCUGCAAGGCAUCUAUCAUCUGUGUGGGACCGGUUCAUGUCAAGGACCCGUUUAGAGGAAUAAUCAGGAAGGAUGAUGUAAGAGCAACAGAAAAAGAUAAAGUUGAGAUGUACAAGUGUUUUCGACCUGGAGAUAUAAUCAGAGCUAAAGUGAUCUCAUUAGGCGACGCCCAAUCUUACAUUAUGUCAACAGCAGAGAACGAGCUGGGGGUUAUAUUUGCAGAGAGUGAAGCUGGGGCGGCCAUGAUACCAGUCAGCUGGUGCCACAUGCAGUGUCCCAAGACAAAAGUAAAGGAAAACAGGAAAGUCGCUAAAGUGCAUAACUGACUAUUGAACAACUGAACUAUAUAGCUAUGUACAAUGAUUACUACAACUAAAGAGUCUAUACAAA